AUGACUUGUUUCGACAAAACUGGCUACAGCUUGAAGCCUGCUAGGCCUACUUCAAAAAAGGCGUACUCAGCGCUGUUCUAGCGCAUUCGCUCAGUAGACAUCAAUUUGAAAGCAUCCAGUGCAUUUUCCCUGCUGACUUCGGUUUUCAAGUCUGUUUGAACCUGAAAUAUUAGCGAGAAUGAAGGUUUUCAUGUGCCUGCUUCUCCUGAUGGUCGUUGGAUGCACCUUGAUUUUCGCAAUGACGGAAAACGUUUUGGAGUGCGCUGCUGUGGCUGCACCCUUUGGGAUGGAAGAUGGACACAUCCCAGAUGCAAGCAUCACAGUGUCGUCACAGUUCAGCAACUCUUUGGCACCGACCAGAGUUCGGCUAAACUCUCAGGCCGAAAGCGGGACCUCAGGUUGGUGCAAAGGAAAUCUGGAAAUCAGGAGAUCAGGAAAUCAGGAAGUCGAUUCUUGGAUCCAAGUGGACCUCGGUUUCACUUCGAUCAUCACUAGCGUUAUCACGCAGGGGUACGGGGACACCUCAUGGGUGGCAUCGUUCAAAGUGGCCUACAGCGACGAUGGACAAGAAUGGACUGCCGUCACCAAUAAUGGAUCAAGUUUCCCUGGAAACUACGACUCAAACACCCAAGUGACGACUUCUUUCCCGAGAGCGUUCCAGGCCAGGUUCCUGCGCAUCGUGCCUACGGCGUGUACAGAUGAUACCCAAUGCAUCUGUAUGCGAUUCGAGGUCGUCGGCUGUUGUGCAUGUCGAUGUCCUGUUCGGCGAGUUCCGUUCAUCACACAUGUUUAGGAAACCCGCUCUAAUGCUUAAUUGGAAAUAUGAUAACUUAAACACACCAGCAAACAAACCAACCAACAAACAAAUACAUUAAAUAUAAAAUGCAUGACGUUUGCGCUAAGAUUUAAGGACUUAUUCCGGCCUCUUACAUUCUGACUGAGGGCUAUGGUGGACCAGUUCAAAAAUUCUAAACACACAAAAUGACAUAGCCCCCAGCUCUUUAGUGCCAACUUUCCAAUGACCACUCGAGCUCGGGUUUUCCAAUCUUUGCUGAAAAAUAAAUCGGUUUGAUGAAAACUGAUAGUUAAUAGUAACUAACAUUUGCCUUUCUUUCAGAGUCAUAGAGAUUUUGAUUGACACAAAAAUAAUAUAAAAUUUAAUUGCAUAUAAUUAUUGACAUGGGCUAUACAGCAUCGUUGUUUGCAUGUAGUAAAUUAUAAAAGCAGAAUAUUGGGACGGAACACGAACUAUAAAUGUAUAUUCGCCAAUCGUAUGUUCAAACACCAUAGAAAAACAUGCGAGUCGCCCACACUUUUCAUAUUGGGGAAUCUUGGUAGUUGGUCAAAUUUAUCAAAUUAGGUUUUGCCCUUCACCGACGUUUAAAACACUGUAUUGUGACGGAAUAGGAAUUAAGUCACCAACUGUAUGUUUUAAAUACACUAGCACACUGUGAGUCACCCACACUUUGCAUAUAAGGGAUCCUUGUUUCUGAUUGGUCAAUUGAGUUUAUGCACUGUUGUAUGGCAAAGAGAAGUUGUACACUAGCUUAUGGGGCUCAGAGUCUGUAAAAUGGGGUUGCAGGUCUAGGAUUUAGUCAGUUGAUUGCUUGAUUCUCUUAUGAUCAGAAUAAUUGUUAAGGCUCUUGAUUAUGUGGAAUGACAUGACAGAUGAUAAUGAUUAAAGGCUUGACCACCGUACUUGAUUACUGUUUCUGUUCACCAAUUACUAGUCUGUC